UGCGUACAUCCUGUUGCUGUGUUGAAUCAUAGCACUGUCCAAACCUAGGUCUUUUGCGACCUCGAGAUGCCGAGGCAUGGAGAUCAACAAUCUUACGGGCAUCAUCGGAUGACUGCAUAGCAAACAUUACAAGUCAUCACCCGUGAGAUUGAAUAGCACGUUGUCGCCGAUUGUAUUGACGGAAGAUGGCAGCGGCUAAGAAAGGACCUGUUUUGUUUGAGCUUCCCAUUGGUGAAAGCGGUAAUCUAGUGUGCACGCAGCCGAAGGAAAGAGUGUACCUCGUCACCUUCAUCAGUCCACCGGACAAUCGCCUUACUGCUCCAUUCUGUCAAUCGCUCCUACUGGCACUGGAUAUUAUCGAGACCCGCCAUGAACCAGGUGUACUCAUCACGACUUCAGGAAUCGAGAAGUUUUACAGUAAUGGCCUUGACCUUGAGCACGCCUCCUUCACGCCAGGCUUCUUCCCGGACAACCUCUACGCUCUAUGGAGAAGGAUCCUCACGUAUCCGAUGCCGACCAUUGCUUUACUCCCAGGCCAUGCUUUCGCCGGCGCCCUGAUGUUGGCCAUGAUGCAUGACUACCGCGCAAUGAAUGCACAUAAAGGCUACCUGUGCCUCAACGAAGUCGAACUUGGCGUACCGUUAAGACCGCCAAUGACGAGCAUUUUCCGGCAGAAGGUCAGCCCACAGACUUACAGAAGAUUGGUGCUGGAAGCUGUCAGGUUCAAGGCGCUCGAGGCACUGAAGGAGGGCAUCGUAGAUUGGUUGGGCGGCCUGGACGAGGCACUUACCCACAUUGAUGAGCUAAAGCUGGUAGCGAAGGCUAACACGGGCGUCAGCGGUAAGCAGGUGUAUGGUGAGCUGAAGGCAGAGAUGUGGAGAGAAACUGUAGGGUACCUUGACAGCUUCGGAGAAGAGGAUGGGAGGGAGUACGCAACGCAGCUGCGGCGCAAGCGUGAGAGGCAAUUGGCCGAGAAGACUGUGGUUGACUGGGAAGCGAAGGCGAAGUUGUAACAGCCAUGUCAAUGACUGGUGGAGAGAUGAAGCCCAAGUUCCUCAUAUCCCAUCCGAAGCAACAGACCAUUACAAACGUGCAAAAACUAUCUGCGAAAUG